CUCUUUUUUUGCUUCUCCCAACUGUACUACUCGUGUCUCUCUCCUCUGCAUAUUCCAACUAUCACCGGCUGCCCUAAAUUAACCCUCGCCUUUACAAAGGUUACUUGAUUCAAAUUGUGUUAGUGCUGCUACACCAGAUUGGAUACUUAUAUUCCUGAUUUCCGUAAUGGCUUCGAGAAUCCUUGCAAACUUGAUUGUUAUGGGUUCUGGAAUAAUGGUAAGGGCUUUUGCCCAGGCAUAUCGCCAAGCUAUCGCAAACGCGUCAAAAAAUGGUGUUGCGCAAGAAGCAGUACAGAACAUUAAAAGAGCAAGCAAAAAUAUGACCGAGUCGGAGGCUAGGCAAAUUCUUGGGGUUGCAGAGCAUUCAUCAUGGGAAGAAGUGUUGCAGAAAUAUGAUAACUUGUUUGAAAGUAAUGCUAAAAAUGGAAGUUUUUAUCUUCAAUCAAAAGUUCAUAGAGCGAAGGAAUGUUUAGAAUCACUUCACCAAAGUAAAGCAGAGGGCCCAAAUUAGUUCUUUGAAGUUUCCCAGCAUUGCUGCCAGACAUUCAUUCUGGGUUCAUUUUAGGAGUAUUUGAGCAGAAGAGAAUUGCGGCUGAGCACCAGAUGUUUCCUGCAAUGUUACAUAUGUAUUCGAUCCUUAGUUUUGGUAAUUAUGGCCCGUGGGAGAGAAGCAUUUUAAUUUAUCAUUG